UUCUUCUCUUUCUCUCUGUGUGAAAGGUGAAAACUCACAUUUCCUGUGAUUCGUGAGAGAGAGUGCAGAGCUAGAAAGGGCAAAUGCUGAAAGUGACGAAUUAGGGUUAGGUUUUCGCAUUUUGAAGUUCUAAAAAUCGUUACGGCUAAAGCAUUUUGUCUACGUACAUAUAUAUUUAUGUAUGUCUAUGGGCGUUCGUUUUGGAGGUGAAAAGGAGGGAAAAUUGGGGAUAUUUAAGAGGAAUAAGUAAGGUACUGCACUGUGAGAUCUGCAUCCGCUUCGUAGCAGUUCAUCUUUUUUGGAAUUUGAAAAUGGGAAGUGGUGAAGACAAUAAAUCUUCAAAAUCUGAGAAAGCAUCUCCAUCUGCACAGGAACAGACUAACAUCCAUCUCUACCCUAAUUGGGCAUCUAUCCAGGCAUAUUAUGGGCCUGGAGUCCCUUUACCACCACAGUAUUUCAACUCUCCAGUCACAGAAGGUCAGCUUCCUCAAUCGCAUAUGUGGGCUUCGCCACAGCAACUGAUGUCACCUUAUGGAGUGCCUUAUCCAACAAUUUACUCUCAUGGUGUUGUUUAUGCUCAUCCUGCAGUUCCUCUUGUUGCAACUCCUGUAAGUACAGAAAUGCAUACUAAAUUACCAGAUAGUACGGACCAAGGGUUAGAAAAGAAAUUGAAAAGGUUGGAUGGACUUGGUGUGCCAGUCGGCAAAGACACUGCUGAGGCUGAUGCUGUGGGAACAGUCCAUGAGACAUCGCAGAGUGUUGAACGUGGUAGUGACGCUUCUAGUGAUGGAAGUGAUGUAAAUACAAGAGCACACCAAAGCAAGAGGAGAAGUAAUUCAAUGAGCAUGUUAUUAACUGAGAACAAUGUUAAAGACCAUACACAGGACAGCCCCAUACCUAAAGGGGAAGCACACAUGAAUUCCACUAGGGUUUCAAGGAUUACAGUAGCUCCUGAAAAUGUUUCAGUAAAUCCAGAACAUCCAUUUGGGACAGAAGCUAUUGCAGCUUGUGCUGCUUCCACAGCUGCCGUAGGGCUGCCUUUUGAAGUUCCGGUACAGGAUGAGCGACAGCUGAAACGAGAGAGGAGGAAACAGGCUAACAGAGAAUCUGCUAGGAGGUCUAGGCUACGGAAGCAGGCUGAAACUGAGGAACUGAUGAUGAGAUAUGAAUCCCUGAAAGUGGAAAAUUUGAAUCUCAAAUCUGAAAUAAAACAACUAACAGAGGAAUCUGAGAAAGUGAGGCUUGAAAAUGCUGCAUUAAUGGAAAAGUUAGAUAAUUCGCAACUAGAACAGCCCGGAAAAAUAGUUCCAGAUCAGAACUCAUCCAACUUGGCACUACUUAAUAUUGCCGAUGACUCACUUAUAGCAGCUAACUCAGACUCUGUUGGCAUAAUAAGUUAGGGCAGAGAAUACAAGAACAUCCCUGAGAACUCUAGUUCUGGGACCGAACUCCAAAUGAUCAAAUCAAGACAGAUACUGUUGCUAGAGGCCAAUUGAGCUCGCGAUGGUCUGCAACCGUACUUUCCACCUGUUUUUUAGAUAGAUCUGUGAUUUUGACCCACAACUGAAAGCCAAAUUUACUUGUAUGAUAAGUUGUUAGUUGGCAGCACAGGUAAUUAGGUAGGUAAAACAGGAUGGAAAGUAAUUGUUGAAUGCAAAGCUUCAUUUUUUGAGUCUUGACUCCUAAUGAUGUGGUUAACCAAUGCACUAUUGGUUUUGUUGCAGUAAUUGGGUAGUAGUUAGAGGUAAACAGUAGUGUAUUGUAUUAUCUUUGCAGUUCUUCUCUGUUGUCUGUACAACUGCAAGUUAAAUGUCAAAAUAUGUGCAGCUAAUUUUUAUUUGAA